CAUUACAGUAAAAGAGCAAUUACCUUGAAAACGCAGACUGAAAAAUCGGCGGGAAGGCACUCACUAAAACACUGCUUAUCAAACUAGCUCUGCUGCAUCAAACCUCCAUCCUAAACCGCAUAAUACCACUGAUACAGCGAUCAGUACUAGUCCCAGACGCGUUCAGAAGCGGUAAAAGCUUUAGACUCAUUGCCGGCGCACGCGCGGCGGAGCCGAAGUUGCAGCAGCUGCGAAGGAGACGCGGAAGUAUGACAUCAGAUAUCAAAGGACGCGAUGGAGAGGGUCGGGAGUUUACUUCCCCAGAUGAGCUAUGGCAGAAGGAGGCGGAUGCCGACGGAGGCCACAACACCUGGUACCACAAGGCAGUGGCCUACUGGGACUCGCAGGAGGCCAGCUACAACGGUGUGCUGGGCGGGUACGGCUACACAAGCGACCUGGACGUGCGCGACAGCCGACAGCUGCUGCUCAAGGCCAUGCGUGUGCAGCUGGAGGCGGCAGACAAGGGGCAACGGCAGCUGACGGCACUAGACUGCGGCGCGGGUGUGGGUCGUGUGACUGAGCAGCUACUGCGGCAGCACUUCCACAGCGUGGACCUGCUGGAGCCGUCCAAGCACCUGCUGGACACUGCGGCCAAGAACUUGUCAGCCCGCACGGUGCCGCAGCCACGGGGUGUGGCGGAGCGGUUCUUCUGCGAGGGGCUGCAGGCUCACAACUUCGAGGUGGGGCGGUACGACUGCAUCUGGAUCCAGUGGUGCAUGCUGUACCUCACGGACGUGGACUUCAUCUCGCUGUUCCAGCGCGCGGCGGUGGGGCUGAAGCCGGAUGGGCUCAUAUUCGUCAAGGAAAACAUCUGCAAGGACGGCUUCGUGGUGGACAAUGACGACUCCUCACUGACGCGCUCCAACAGCUACAUGCUGGACUUGUUCGAGAAGGCGGGCGUGCAGGUGCUGUACAACGUGAAGCAGCGCAACUGGCCCAAGGAGCUGUUCGAGGUGCGCAUGUACGUGCUCAAGCCGCCGCCGGCAGCAGCAGCGGCAGCAGCAGCAGCAGGCGCGGCGCCGGAAGACGGGAUGCAAGGGUAGCUGCUCGGGUUCGCCUGCGGCCGGGCGGCUGGGCUGGCUUGGUAGUGAUGAGGCGGUGGUGGGGCUUUGGAGCUUUGGAAAUUCAUGGUCGGAUGGGCAGACAGGCAUGCAGAUAGCUCGGCGGCAGGUGUAUAUAAGUGUCAAGAGCAAAGCGUGCAUAUGCUCUAUGCGGCUGCCGCUAAUGGGCAGUCCUGCCAGGAUGCGUGGCUAUUCGCAACCACCACACCAGGCUGGCUAGGGGAUGUGGUCACAAUGGCCUAGGCAGGUAGAUCAUAGGAUAGAUGCGGGUGAGCCGGUGCUUUGGCAGCCGGCGUGCGACCUAGGAGUAGCUGGCUGGCCUGCAUGCGCUGAGCAUAGUGGACGCAUCAGGAACGGUGUAAGCUUGCUGCCAGCUGCCAGUCCACGGGUGGAUUUCCAGGACAGGACCGUGCUGUGGCGGCAGUGUGCGCACACGAUGCCAGGUUUGCAUGGGUGGCCUUUGGGGCUCUGUACCUUUCAAAAUCGUAUUCAA